AACUGUGAACUAUUCUAACGCAAAACCACUUUUUGUGAAAAUGUAUGUGCGUUCGUGUGUGUGCUUGCCUGCAUGGCUGAUGUGUGUGUUUGUUGUAUGUGUAACGACAUUGACAGAGAUACUACAGUAACACCUCCGUGGACAGCAAGAACCUUACCACCUAUCGCUGACAGUAAACUAUGUAACUCUUCUUCUCUCACUUAGUCCACACCAAAAAAGUAUUAGAAUCACAACUACAAAGCGGACAAACAGAAGAAAAAUACAACUUUCAAGUGAAAAUAAAAGUGAACUUGUGCCAUGUUAUUACUGGUAGACAUCGAUGAUUGCAUGCCCUUAGUCUAGAGAAUAUAUUCGGAAUAUAAUUGCGGUAUAAUUGCUGGACCGUUAUGUACAAUCGUCUGGGUAACGGCAAUGCGGGCGUAGCUACAACUACCGCUGCGGGCGGCGCUGCCGACGAAUCCAGUCAAGGUUUUCACAGUCUCACGAGCACCGCUGAUCUCUAUUUACGCCCGCUGCCGUAUUUGGACGCCAAAUGGCUGCGCGCUGAUCUCAUUGCCUGCUUGCGCAACGCCUCCGAAGGUGCCGUGCUGUGGAACCAUCUCAUACAGGACUGCGAAUUGGUCUCAUCGCCGACACCGGCGCUACUCAAUGCUGGCGGACAACUAUCCUAUCUGGGCGAUGAUGGGAAACACUAUUGUGGCGCCAAGCAGCUACAAUGUGCCUGCUGCCAGCCGGAAUACUGCGGUCCCCUCUCUAUCUGUAACUGCGACAGUUGCCGACCCUUGGACUCCGAUAAUGCCAUCAAAAAACUUACCUCGGCGGCGGCCCAGCAAGCGGCCGCUGGUCAACAGCAUGCUACAGAGCUUACGCUUAGCAGCUGGCUUUGGAGCCAACCGCCGAACUUACAGGCUAAGCGGGAUUGCCAACGCUCGCUUAUUGCUGAACUGCAUGAGCUGGCUCUGCGUGCUGCUGGCAAUUGCCUUUCGGCGCAGCAGCUCCGCCAGCAGCUUUACAUCUAUGAACGAUACUAUGUGGCACUGAAACGCACCCACCACCAACAGCCUCAAGGAACAACAACAGCAGCAGCAGCAGCAGCAACAACAACAGGUAACGUCGCGCCUGCUGGCAAGAAACUCGAGCCAAAGCGUGCACCACAUUUGGAGGAACAUGCCGCUUUGGGCUUGGCCCGCGUCGGCACUCGUGCUGCCCUUAACUUUAGCUUUGCAUUUUUACGGCGUGCCUGGCGCUCCGGCGAGGAUACGGAAAUGUGCAGCGAGCUUUUGAGCGAGGCACUCGAGUCGCUACAAGAGCUGCCAGAGGCAACGCUUUUCGAUGUGGAUGCCGAGCUGUCGCCGCUCUGGCUGGAUGUUAUGGAGCGCUCCAUUAAAUUUCUACGACUUGUGGCCUUGGGUGAUCCCAUGGGUGGACGCUGCUUGGCACCGCUGGCGGAUCGCCAUACGGCGCUCUGUCUGCUACUGGAGUUGGGUGUGCAGAAGGGCACGCUCGCUGCCACACUAGAAUGCGUAGUGCUGCUGCUGUUACUGUGGGAAAAGGAUCAGGACAACAGCCAUGGACAUUCGCACGGUAGUGCUAACGGCGAUAACCGUGACAUGCCGCGAAAAACUGGCGCUCCUCUGCUUCGCAUUUUGCAGCGUUAUCAACGUUUGGGCACAACAAGAACUGUCCCUAGCAGCACCAGCAAUUCAGCUGGCAGCGAACCCACGCCCAUGGCCAGCGCUACAGAGACCUUUUUGCGGUUUUUAAUGCUGCCCAAGAGCAGCGCUGCUAUUGUAGACCUACGUCGUGCCGCAGUUGUCAUAAUCUCUCAUCUGGAUCGUCUAGUGCAGCCACAUAUGCCGAGCAGUCUGUUGCCUCACACUGCAACAGUAGUUGCCAAAACCAGUAGUAACAACUCCAACAAUAACAGUUUUGUUGAACAGCAGCGCAUCUAUGCUCUGGGCUGGCCCACGCUCUCCAAAGAGCAGCAUGGCUUUACCGUAGAGCCUGCACCUGGUUGCGUGCAACAGUCCUCUAUGCCGCUUCUCAAUUGCCAAUUUCAACUCAAGCAGAUUGCCUGCAGUGAGGAGGUUGUACUCAUGCUCAGCAUGGAAGGCAAACUCUACCACUGGUUUAUUGCCAAGCCGGAGGCACCGCCGGAGCUCAUUGAGUGCGCUGAUACUGCCAACGAGACCAUUGUUGCCAUUGCAGCCCACUGUGAAGGCCAUCAUUUCCUUGCCGUCGAUAGCAACAACAACGCCUAUUCCUGGGGUAUGGGCGAGGCACGUUGCUUGGGCCAUGGUGAUAGCCACGCAAGGGAGCAGCCCACCAAGAUUGAGGCGCUGACGCGCUGCGUCAAGGCGGUGUACAGCGGGUGCUCAUACAGCGCUGCCAUCAGUUGCCGCGGCAAUGUGUUUACCUGGGGUCGCGGCACCUACGGGCGCCUGGGUCAUGGAAACUCGGAUGAUCAGUACUUGCCCACCAUGGUGACGGCGCUAAAGGAUUACCAAGUCAUCGACAUGGCGCUAGGCAGCGGUGAUGCCCAUACACUCUGUCUAACCUCCACUGGCAUGGUUUAUGCCUGGGGCGACGGCGACUAUGGCAAGCUGGGCAACGGCAGUUGCAACAGCAGCUUGCUGCCUCAGAUCAUCGACUGCCUGCCACGUGUGCAACGCAUCUAUGCGGGCUCGCAGCUCUCUCUUGCGCUGAGCAGUGAUGGUCAGCUCUACAGCUGGGGCAAGGCGGGCUGCUUGGGGCAUCAGCUGGUGGAACGCAAUGUGCAGGGUUGUAGUGUGCCCAAGCUAAUAACGGGACUGCAGCACAAGCGCAUCGUGGACGUUGCUGUGGGCGUUUCUCACUGUCUGGCAUUGAGCAGUAGUGGGGAGCUCUUUGGCUGGGGACGCAACGAUAGCCAGCAAAUCUGCCCGUCUAGCAUUUGUAGCGAACCGCUACUGCGGCAGCCCACGCUUGUGGCGCUACCGACGCUGCCUGCGAGUGGAAUUGCUUGCACCGCCACACAGAGUCUCAUCUGGACGCAGGGCAUGCGGCAGGGCGUAUUGCUGCGAGCACCGUUUGUCAUAGAUCUGUGUGAGCUAACAUUUCGACUGCUGGACCAGCUGCUGGGCAUGUGCAGUGCGAGUGCCACGCAGGAUAAUCGCCAGACACCGAACCAGGAGUCGGAGUGCAUAGCGGUAGCUUGCUUGAAUCUCUUGCGGCUGCAGCUUCUCGCCCUUAUACACAAUGGCGUGGAGCCGCGUGCCGUGGGUCUGGCCAGCGGCGAACGACUUCUUGGCAGUCUGAAGACGCGAAUACUAAGCUUGGCUGGUGGCAGCCAGGUGCUGCGCACAAUACAGUUUGCGGCACAGCAGGCGCUGCAGGACGGCUGGAGCGUGCUCCUGCCCACGGCAGCGGAGCGUGCGCAGACGCUUACGGCGCUGCUGCCAUCGGAGCCGGCGCAGGCUUGCUCGGCGGGGCAUCGCUUUAUGACCGAACUGCUAGUGAGCUCGCUGAUGACAGAGGGUGGCUUGGAGACAGCGCUGCAGCAUGCCAUACGCAUGGAAAGCAGCAGCUGUGCCACAGACUGUGCCGAUGGCUCGCAUCUGCCGCUGCUGCAGCUCAUCACGCGGCUGGUGGGCAACAAUGCCGCUUUGACGCAAACGCGUCUCUCACUGCAGCUACUCGUCAAGCAGCCGAAGGUAAUCUUGGAGCCAGUGACGUGUGCGCAGUCGCCUAGCUUGAGUCUAUUGCAUCGCUUCCAGCGUUUGCUCCUGUCGCAUGUACAUCAAUCGCGACUGGACGAGGACACUGUCGCGGCCGAAGCGCUGCUGGCACAAUAUCUGCAGAGUCUGAUCCCCGCCUGCGUGAGCACGCUGCAGCAGGCGCAAGAGCUGCUGCUGCAGUGCCGCGAUGCCCAGAUGGAAGUGCCCGCGGCGGGUGCGCAGCAUCCGUUAAGCGCCGCCUUGAGUCAGUUGCUGCAGUCGGACAUCUCGGAUGCGCUGCUCAAUGAGCUGCUCGUGGGUCUGGUGCUGCUUAAGCGAGAUCGCCCAUUGUGCCUGCCCAACCUGUGUUGGACGCGUCUCUGUUUACCGCUGCUGCGUGUCCUGGAUCGCCUCAAUCGUGCGCUCGGCGAGGGUGAGCUACGCGACGGCGACGACAUGGGCUGGCCGGGAAUCAUUUGCCGCAACGGACCCAAGGGCUUGGCCCAGACCGCUUCUAGCGUGGAUCCCGAGACCUUCUACGUGCGGCGUACCGACGUGGACAACAUGCUGCUCGACGGCCAUCGUUGCAUGAUACUUGCGGGCUAUGUGUGCGAUCUUACGGGUUUCAGUUGUGACUCGGAACAGUUGCGUCUACUGUUGGAGCACGGGCUGGGCAAGGAUCUGACAACAGAGUUGAGUACGCCCGGCCACCGUAAUGCCAUGGAAAAACUGCUGCAACAUCACAAGCUGGGCAAGUACUUGGCCAACCAGGCGCAAAAUGAGGAGAAGCUAAACACACCCGCUGCCACACGUUUGACGCACUUCAGCUCGGAGUGCACGUUGUCGCAGCUGCUGGGAAUGGUGGCCAACUUGAUGUGCAGCGGCCUGGCGCUUCAGCCCGCGGAGCAGCAGUGCCCGCUGCAAAAGUCGCUGCUACUGAGCGGAGGACUGCUCUUGCUGCAACCCAACAAUCCAUUCGAUGAGGAAAAGGGUGAGGCACGCAGUAGUCACAGCACGGCUGGAAACACGCCCAACGCGGAGCAUGCGCAGCUGCCAUCGCUACCGCAACGACGCCGCCACGGCGAGCAGCUGCAAUGUCGUAUCGAUGGCUUCAUUAAUAACCUAGCCGAGACGAGACUGGGCGAGCCCUUGGUCAGCGCCUGGCUGGCCCUGAGUGAGCGCUAUUGCAAAGCGCAUAACCUAAUGUGGCAUCAGGAAUUCGCUCUGGAGCAUCCAGUGCAGGAGCUGGAUAGACUGCUAACGGCGGUAAUCAUCAGACAUCAAUACAUGGGCGCCCUGGUGCUGCAGGCGUUGGAGCAGUCACCGGAGCUAUGCGAGCUGCAAGCUCUGCCAAAUCCGCUCACUGAGAUCAUUCGGCUGGUGCACCAGACUAAAUGGUCAGUGGUGCGACGGCGUCAGCAAAUGAAUCGCAGCUACAAGGAGGUAUGUGCGCCCAUCUGCGAGCGCCUGCGCUUUCUGCUCUACGAAGUGCGACCCGCGCGUGGUCUGCAGCAGUUGGCCCUAAGGCGUCUGCCCAUUUUGCAUAAAUUACCCAGAUUUAGGCUGUUGGUGCGGCGACUGCUACAGGAGCUAAGACUGGCCAAGCAGCAGCCCGUGGUGGUGCUGGCCAAGCCUGAGGAUCUACUGAAUGUGAGCAUCCAACAGCAGCAACAACAACAACAACAACAACAGUCGGAGCUGUUAAUUCUGGAGCAGUCGGAAAAGAAGCCUAAGCAGCAGCAGCAACAGCAACUGGAUGAGCAGGAAACAUUGCUGCGACGCCUGCACGAGCGUCAGCUGCACGCCCAUGUUCAGCUGGACGAAACGCUGAUGGAGAACAUUGUGGACUUUGCCCUGCAGGACAACUGCGAUGUAGACACCGCACGCCGUGCUAUGUACUGUCAGAUGCAGCGCUGCCAGCAGCGUCUGGCCGGUUUAGAAAUGGUGCAGCAGAUGUUAGAGCUCCAUGGCCUGCUGGAUGCCGCCCAGUACUCGCUGCUCAACGGCUAUCUCGGGGCGCAGCUGAAAGCCAGCGCUGGACUGGCUGCUACACAUAAUGUGCUAGACCAGUUAAAUAUGGUGAGCGCAUAUCAGAAGACCAAGCUGCUGCUGGCGCAGUCUCAAGUGCUUGACUGGGCAGUGCGGCAGCUUCGCCAGUUGGUCAACCAGGAGCAGCAGUGCGUGACGCGUCAAGGCAAGGAUAGCUGCAACCUGAGCACCUAUGUGUUGCUCAAGCGCUUGCCACGCGCACGCUUUCUGCUAAGUGUGUUCGGUUUGCUAGCUAAGCAGCUGGGUGCUAAUGAGCUGGCGCUGCUCAUCAACUCCGGACUGCUGGGCACGGUGCUGGGAUUGCUCUCUCAAACGGGUGGCGACGCGUCGUCGCGACGUAUGCUGGGCGAACUAAGCGUGCUCUAUGAGGACAGCGUGCUCAAGCAGAAGUGCUCCAAGGCCCAGCUAAGCGGCCCAGAGCUGGCUAAGCUCAUGAAGAUUGGCACACGGAUUGUGCGCGGCUCCGACUGGAAGUGGGGUGAUCAGGAUGGCAAUCCACCUGGAGAAGGACGCAUCAUCAGCGAGGUGGGCGAGGAUGGAUGGGUGCGCGUGGAGUGGUACACUGGCAGCACCAACUCAUAUCGGAUGGGCAAGGAGGGCCAGUAUGAUCUUCAGCUGGCGGACAGCAAUCUGAACGUGGCAUCGCCUACAGAGCCAGAGCGCGAGGAGCUGACCGGCUAUGAGGUGCCACCCAGCAGUGAGUCCCAUCCCACGAAGCUGCUGCGCCAUUGCGCGGCCAAGCUAUUGCAGAUUCUGGCCAUAGGCAGCGGGCUGUAUGGCAGUCAGCUGGACAAGCAUGCGUUGCGGGGCAUCACCAGCAUGUUCCGUGCCAUACUCGAUCCCAAGCCAACGCUGGCGAACGUGGUGCAGAGCCUGGAUUGGCUCAAUCUGGGAUUCAUACGCGCCAUUUCAGGCGACUGUGGGCGGCUGUGUCUGGAGCUAAGUGCUCCGCACUGGCUACGGCAUUAUCUGACGCUUUUGGAGCAGCCGGCGGGCAAUGAGCGAGGCGUCUAUAGACAGCUUCAUUGUCUACGCUUGCUGCAGUGCAUCCUGGCUCACUGGAACACCGAGGAGGAACCGCGCAUGGCCCAACUGAUCCGUCAGCUGUUUGCCUGCUUGGGUCGCCUAGCGCUGCACUGUCCGGGCGAUGUCUCGCUGCAGUCGACGGACAACGGCAAGUCACGUCUGCUACUCACUGCCUCGCACUCCGGGAGUGUGGCCGAAGAGCUGGUGGCGCUGCUGCGUCGGCUGCACACGCUACCGCACUGGAACGCAGUCAUCAACUCCUUCAUGGCGCAGAAGCUCUGCGUAGUAGCUGAGCUCCUGCAGGAGGAGGCGCCAGUACCGGCGCAAGUGGAAGCAGAGCACAGCUUUGUGCUCGGCGUGCUUAGCACUAUGGGUGGUUACGAUCUGCGUCCACGCGUUGGAUUGCAGUGCUAUAACGAAGGUGCGCCCAUGAUCAUUGCCAGCUUUACGCACAAGGGACGCUGCCUGCUCGCCCACAGCUGUGCCUCCAAUGCCGCAUCUACGCCGACUGGUCUGGUCAAAGUACCAUUGGCCACGCUGCUCAGCCAACUGGAUCACAGCGUAUUUAGUUUGUCGCGUUUGCCCAUGAACGAAAUGCUGCUCAAUGCUUGGACUGUGCUACUUUAUGGAGGCCACGCUCCCCAAGCCCAUGAGCAACUGUUCAACGCCAGCGACGGUCGCCUGGAUGUCCGUCUGCUACGCAGCCAGCAGCUCCAGCUAGCCGUGCUUCAUACCAACGGAGUGCUCUAUCGCCACCAGGCAGCGCUACGCAAGAUUCUCAAGCAACGUGCGCCCGCCGUGUGCUAUACCCAGGUGGAACCCAGUGCGGAAGCACACACAGAGCGCGUAAGCCUCGCAGACGGUCGGGAGCCAAGCAGCCUGGCUGUGGUCAAGGCAGCAGUGGAAACUCAAGCGGAUGAGGAUGAACAUUCGACGACGCAGACAGAGAAGAGCAGCAAUGGUGACUACAACUAUGGCGCCUUGCAGCAGCAGUCACCACAACAAGAACAAGAUCACAAUCAAGAUCAAGAACAGAAACAUGAACCAGAACAAGAGCAACAAUCACAGCCGGAUAUUAAAGCGACAUCUCCAUCAGUUGGUGUGGAGUCACAGCAGGCGGAGCAGCUCCUAAUACAAUCGCUGCUACUGCGAGCGACGCAGCCAUCGCCCGUGAAAGCCUGCUACAGUUACUCCGAACUGGCAACGGCGGCUCUAAAUUGCAUGCAGUCUUUGGCCAGCCAAGCUCAUGAUCAGCUGAAUGCGGAGGAUCAGCUGAAGCCGUUACUGCUUAAUAGUCCGGCGCAGCCAACCAUGGUGCAUGGAGUGCCUGUGUACAAUGUGGUCAAGGAGCAACAGCAACAGCAGCAGCAGUCACAGCUUCAACCCAAGCUGGUGCUGGCUACCGAUGGACAGCUCAUAGAGCAGAUUAUGGAAAUGGGAUUUACGCGACAUAAUGUGGAGCUGGCCUUGAAGCAGCUGACGUUGCAGGCGGAACUGGUGGCCACCCCGGAGCAGAUAGUGCAAUGGAUACUCGAGCAUCCUGAUGUGUGCGCCAACACCAUAGAGCCUGAGGAGGAAGACCUACAACAGACGCAGUCGCCCAUGCGCAGCAGCAGCAGCCAGAGCUGUGGCAGCGACAGCAGCAGCGACAGCAGCGCAAGACAGUUGCCGGAUGCGGAUGGGGAUGCGGAAGCGGAGACGGAUAGCACGGAUAAGUAUUUGAAGCGCGCUGAUUUCUCGACCCCAGAUCAAUACGCACUCUAUGUGCGUGGUCUGGUGCAGCCAGGUAUGCUGGUGCGCUGCUGUCGCGACUUCGAGGAGAUCAAGGCGGGGGAUCAAGGCACGGUACUUAUCGUGGAUACGGAGGGACUGCAUGAUCUCAAUGUGCAGGUGGAUUGGCGAAACCAUGGUGCUACAUAUUGGGUGUGCUUUGUGCACAUUGAGCUGGUGGCGCCGGCUGCGUUGCAUCAGCCACGCCUACAAGUUGGCACCAGAGUGCGUCUGUUAAAGCAGGGAGCGGGCAUGGUGGGAGUGGUCACAUCGCUGCAGGGCAAGCAUCUGAGCGUGCAGUUUCCCAAGCACAGUUGGACAGGAUUGACCAGCGAAGUGGAGCACGCAUCACAGCCCUCACAACUGACUUCGCAAUCGCAAGCGGAGCAGGCGGAUCUUAUCGAGGAUUGGUCACGCUGCAUACGUGCCCUAAGUGUGAGCUCCAAUGAGGCAGCUGCUCGGCAUCUGCUGGAGGGUGGCGGUCAGGCAUGGCAAAGCUGCUCCAGCGGUACUGCCCGCCACUGGAUACGGCUAGAGCUGCACGAGUGUGUCCUUGUGCAGAGUCUAGCGCUACGCGUGAGUCCUGCGGAUCACUCCCACAUGCCGUCGCUCAUUGAGGUGCGCGUUGGCGAUUGCCUGGACAGUCUGAAGGAGUACACGUGGAUACCCGUGAGUGCCAGUGUCAGACGUGUGGUGCUGAUGCAACAAGUGCCUGUUUACUAUCCCUGGAUUGAGAUCGUAAUCAAGCAGUGCCAGAACAAUGGUAUUCAGUGCAAGGUGCACGGCCUGGAGUUUGUGGGCCGCCGCCAGCAGCCGGAUUUGCAGCAGCUGCUUGUCAACGCGCAGUUUCUAGCGGGUGAAUAUAUGGAAACGACAGCAGCAAGCGGAGGGACAGUUGCAGGAGCCGCGGCCGCAGUCGCAUCCACGCCAGCAUCAGAGGAGCAAGAGUUGCCCUGCUCGGUGAUGGUCUGGGGAUUAAACGACAAAGAGCAGCUGGGCGGGCUCAAGGGAUCCAAGGUGAAAGUGCCCAGCUACUCCCCCAGUAUCAGUCGCCUGCGUCCUACACACAUAGCCGGUGGCUCCAAGUCGCUCUUCGUGGUCAGCCACGAUGGCAAAGUCUAUGCAUGCGGCGAGGGCACAAAUGGCCGACUGGGGCUAGGCGUUAGCCACAACGUGCCGCUGCCACAGCAGCUGCCAGUGUUGCAUCAGUAUAUGGUCAAGAAGGUAGCGGUGCACUCGGGCGGCAAGCACGCAUUGGCGCUCACAAGGGACGGCAAGGUGUUCAGCUGGGGCGAGGGCGAGGACGGCAAGCUGGGACAUGGAAAUCGAAGCAGUCUGGAGCGUCCACGACUCAUAGAAGCACUGCGUGCCAAGAAGAUCCGCGACAUAGCCUGCGGCAGUUCGCACUCAGCGGCCAUCAGCAGCCAGGGCGAGCUCUAUACCUGGGGUCUGGGUGAGUACGGGCGCCUGGGACAUGGCGACAAUGCUACGCAGCUCAAGCCCAAGCUAGUGACGGCGCUGACCGGCAAGCGCGUCAUCCAGGUGGCCUGUGGCAGUCGUGAUGCGCAGACUCUGGCGCUGACCGAGGACGGCGCUGUUUACAGCUGGGGCGAUGGUGACUUUGGUAAGCUGGGACGCGGUGGCAGUGAAGGAUCCGCAUUGCCGCAUGAGAUUGAGCGCCUCUCCGGCAUCGGGGUCAUACAAAUUGAGUGUGGAGCGCAAUUCAGUCUGGCGCUGACGCGAGCUGGUGAGGUGUGGACCUGGGGCAAGGGUGACUACUACCGGCUGGGACAUGGCGGGGAUCAGCAUGUACGCAAGCCGCAGCCCAUUGGUGGACUGCGUGGCAGGCGCGUCAUACACGUGGCUGUGGGUGCGCUGCACUGCCUCGCAGUGACGGAUGCAGGCCAGGUGUAUGCCUGGGGUGACAAUGACCAUGGACAGCAGGGCAGCGGCAAUACGUUUGUGAACAAGAAACCGGCGCUGGUCAUCGGACUGGACGCGGUGUUUGUAAAUCGCGUGGCCUGCGGGAGCUCGCACUCGAUGGCCUGGGGGCUAGCCAAUGGCGGUGCGGAAGAAGAAAAGCGCGGUCCAGUGCCCUUCGCCAGCACCAGAGAUCCGCUGGGAGGCAGCAGCUUGGGCAUCUAUGAGGAGUGCAGCGUGGAUACGUCGAUCAAGCAGCUGGAACUGAAGCAGAGCAGCACCAACAACUGCAGCCCCAGCUCCAGCUACAGUCUACUAUGCUCCUUGUCUGCUGGCUUAGAUUUGGACACUGCGGCAGCGCGGCAGGCGGCCUUGUCGCAUGUGCUGCGCGCCAUGAGCAUCCUGCAGGCGCGCCAGCUGAUUGUGGCCGCCCUCACCAGCCAUGCCAAGGUGAACUACAAGGAGCAGCAGCUGAGCACGCGCCAGCUAGAGCCAGAGGAGCCGCCCGCGCAACUGUCCACCAUUACGCAAGGCGGCGGUGAAGCACCCGCUGAUGUCAACGCCUUGACAGAGCAGCCCACCCCUGAGGAUGCAGUUGCUCCAGUGGCGGCAACAAUGGCGGUGGUGUCAGCACAACCCACGCUCAGCGCCUUCCAUAGCUUGACGGGCUCGCUGAGCGCCUCGGCUAUGUCGGGUGCGGGCGGAAUGUCGGCCAGCGCCAUGUCCGUGAUGGCAGCCACCAUGCUGCAGGAAGAGCAGAUGCUGGCGCAGUCCGCGACUCACUGCCUGGCGGGUCUGGAUGACUUUGCGACACUGCUGCAGGAGUCCGAGGCCAAGUCGCUGGUGGAGUUGCUCAAGCUGGCCGUCUGUGGACGGUGCGGGGUGGCCAGCACCGCCCAGACCAUAGCGGAGACGUUGAUGCAGCUGUCCAGUCAACCCAGCAUCGCUGCCAUGCUGCUGGAAACGUGCAUCACAGAACUGGAGGAUUUGUGCACGGCGCGUCAUUGCCUGGGCAAGCUGCCCAAGCCGGUCAUGCAGGAGAGCAGUCAUCCCUACGUAGACAACAUGAACAUAAGCGGCAGCGUGCGCAUUGCUGGCGCCGAGCAACUCCGUAUCGAAUUCGACAGCCAGUGCAGUACAGAGAAGCGCAAUGAUCCCUUGGUCAUCAUGGACACCGCUGGACGCGUGCUGGCCAUGCGUUCCGGCCGGGAAUUCGCCCACUGGGCGCCUGAAAUACGCGUGCCGGGCGAGGAGCUGCGUUGGAAAUUCAGUUCCGACAGUUCCGUGAAUGGCUGGGGCUGGCGGUUCUGGGUGCACGCCAUUAUGCCCGCGGCUACGCUCGGCGAAAGCGGCUCCGAUCGCGCCGUUCUCUCACAGCCCUCGAUGGCUUUGGUCAUGGCGCUGUUGGAUGCGCGUCUUGUGCCGCGCCAGCCAGCGCUACUCCUACGCCUCUGCGCUGCCCUGGCCUCCAGUGCGCAGCUAAGCGUGCUGAGUACAUCUCAGCGUAUCUGGGCUCUACGCCAAAUGCACGCCGUGCUCCUCUCCGAUCAGACACGCGCCGCUGCACCAUCAGAGUCCGCGCUGUCGGGCAUACUCUUGCCGCUAAUCCCGGAGUUGUUGCGUCAGUAUGAGUAUGAGGAGCCGUUGGUGCGUGCGGGCAUACACCUAAUGCACUCAGACUACUUCAAGACACUAGCGGAGCUGGCCUGCGAUAUGCAACUGGAUGCAGUGCUGCCCAGUAGCAGCAGUAGCACAACAGCUGGCGCAGCAGGAGGAGCAGCAAGCACGCCUGUGAAUGGCGAAGCACACAAGUGGGCCUGGUUUAGACGCUACUGCAUUGCUGUGCGGGUAGCGCAGGCUUUAAUACGCCGCACGGAGCUGCCACGCCUCUUCUGCCUGGAGGUGCGCAACAAGUUCGCGGAGAUGUUGCCGGCACCAACGACGGCGACGGUGGUCAGUACCACACAAACCUCGCCGCUUAGCUCCAUGACCAGCUUGAGCUCCAGCAGCCUGAGCAACGCCUCGGAGCAGCAGCUGUCGGCGCCGCCGCAAGCUGAUGUCAGCUUGGAAAAGCAGCAUCGUAUCUUCAGCUUGCAGACGCUACUGCAUGAAAGCCAUCAGCUGUUUAAGGCGCCACAUGAUGCGCAGCUGCUGCAGUGGCUUAACCGACGGCCGGACGACUGGUCGUUGAGCUGGGGCGGCGCCAGCACCAUCUACGGCUGGGGCCACAAUCAUCGUGGACAACUGGGCGGACUGGAGGGCAGCCGCAUUAAGACCCCCACGCCUUGUGAAGCGCUGUCCCUGCUGCGACCCGUGCAGUUGGCCGGCGGUGAGCAGUCCUUGUUUGCCGUAACACCGGAUGGUAAGCUAUUCGCCACGGGCUACGGCUCAGGUGGCCGGCUAGGAGUGGGCGGCGGCGACUCUUGGGCCAUUCCAACGCUCCUGGGCUCCCUGCAACAUGUGUUUGUAAAAAAGGUGGCGGUGAAUUCGGGCGGCAAACACUGUCUGGCGCUCACCACGGAGGGUGAAGUCUACGCUUGGGGCGAGGGCGAGGAUGGUAAGCUGGGUCAUGGCAAUCGCAUGAGCUACGAUCGUCCCAAGCUAAUUGAGUACCUCAGCGGCAUGAAUGUAGUAGAUAUAGCGUGUGGCAGCGCCCACUCGGCUGCCAUUACGGCCAGUGGGCAUGUGCUCACAUGGGGCAAGGGACGGUAUGGGCGACUGGGACAUGGCGACUCGGAGGAUCAGCUGCGGCCCAAGCUGGUGGAGGCGCUGCUUGGCUUUCGCGCCACCGACAUUGCCUGCGGCUCGGGUGAUGCGCAGACGCUCUGCAUCACGGAGGACGACAAUGUAUGGAGCUGGGGUGACGGCGACUAUGGCAAGCUGGGACGCGGCGGCAGCGAUGGCUGCAAGCUGCCCUACAAGAUUGAGAGUCUAGCCGGCCUGGGCGUCAUCAAGGUGGAGUGCGGCUCACAGUUCUCUGUGGCGCUGACUAAGUCCGGCGCUGUCUACACCUGGGGCAAGGGCGACUUCCAUCGUCUGGGUCAUGGCUCUGUGGAUCAUGUACGUCGUCCCAAGAAGGUGGCGGCGCUGCAAGGCAAAAAGAUUAUAUCCAUUGCUACGGGCUCUCUGCAUUGUGUCGCCUGCAGCGACGGGGGCGAGGUCUAUACCUGGGGUGACAACGAUGAGGGCCAGCUUGGGGAUGGGACGGUGACCGCCAUACAGCGUCCACGUCUGGUCGCUGCGCUGCAGGGCAAGCACAUAGUCAAGGUCACCUGUGGCUCCGCGCACACGCUGGCCCUGUCCACCUCGCAGCUGAGCGAACGCCUGCGACCGCUGCCAAAUCCGCCUUUGGAGUACGAUUUGGUGCGUGAGUUGGCGCCCGAGGUGCUCCACGCACGUCUCAUACUGCUCCAUCACUUCUCGGAGCUGCUGUGCCCUUGCCUGGCCAUGCUGCCUAUACAAGGUGAUCUUAGCCUGGGUGCACUCAAGGACGUGCUGGUGUACAACAUCAAGGAGGCCGCCUUUCGCAAGGUCAUACAGACCACCAUGGUGCGCGAUAAGCAGCAUGGACCUGUCAUCGAGCUCAACCGCAUACAGGUGAAGCGUUCCCGCAGCCGCUGCAACGGACUUGCUGGCAUCGAUGGCAUGAAAAGCGUCUUUGGUCAGAUGGUGCAGAAGUUGCCGCUGCUGACGCAGGAGGCACUGGCGCUGCCGCAUCGUGUCUGGAAGGUCAAGUUUGUCGGCGAGAGCGUAGACGAUUGCGGCGGUGGCUAUAGCGAGUCCAUUGCUGAGAUGUGCGAUGAGCUGCAGAAUGGCAGCGUGCCCUUGCUGAUAAGCACGCCCAAUGGGCGGGGCGAGGCAGGCGCCAAUCGUGACUGCUUUCUACUGGAUCCCACGCUUACGUCCGUGCUCCAGAUGAACAUGUUCCGCUUUCUGGGCGUGCUCAUGGGCAUUGCGGUGCGCACCGGUUCACCCUUGAGUCUUAACUUGGCCGAGCCUGUCUGGCGUCAGCUGACCGGCGAGCAUCUGCGUCCCACUGAUCUCACCGAGGUGGAUCGCGACUAUGUCGCCGGCUUGCUGUGUAUUAGCAACAUGGAGGAUGAUGACAAGUUGUUCAAUACGCUAGAGCUGCCCUUUUCCACGUCCUCUGCACGCGGCCAUGAAGUGCCACUGUCCACCAGAUAUACCCAUAUUACGCCCCGAAACCGGGCGGAGUAUGUGCGUCUGGCGCUCAGCUUUCGGCUGCACGAGUUCGAUGAGCAGGUGAAAGCGGUGCGCGAUGGCAUGUCCAAGGUUAUACCUGUGCCACUGCUGUCCCUCUUUUCCGCCGCCGAGUUGCAGGCCAUGGUGUGCGGGUCGCCAGACAUUCCACUUGGCCUGCUUAAGUCGGUGGCCACCUACAAAGGCUUCGAUCCCAGCUCGGCGUUGGUGAAUUGGUUCUGGGAGGUCAUGGAGGAGUUUACCAAUCAGGAGCGUUCUCUAUUCCUGCGCUUUGUGUGGGGACGCACGCGCUUGCCGCGCACCAUUGCCGAUUUUCGUGGACGCGACUUUGUGCUACAGGUGCUCGAGAAAAAUCCGCCUGAUCAUUUUCUGCCCGAAAGCUACACGUGCUUCUUUCUGCUUAAGAUGCCGCGAUACUCGUGCAAGGCUGUGCUGCUUGAGAAGCUCAAAUAUGCGAUACACUUCUGCAAAAGCAUCGAUACGGACGAGUAUGCUCGCGUGGCCAUGGGUGAACCCACCGAGGCGACUGGUAGCGAGGAUAACAGCGAUCUGGAGUCGGUUGGUAGCCAUGAAGGCUAAGGAACAAUGCAAUGAUAACAAGAAAGAAAAUUUACAAAGCAAAAAUUUUAUUAACACAUACGCACUUGAAACGCUUUUUAGCACAGAAAUGAGCAAGCUAGAGUUACAUAUAAACGAAAACAAAAGAGACAGCGAGAGACUGGUGUUGUUGGAUAACGAGAAAGCGAUAGAGAUAGAGAGAGAGAGAGAGAGAGAGAGAGAGAGAGAGAGAGAGAGACAUACAUACAUACAUAUUAAUAUUUGAGCCCACACCAAAAAUUUAAAAGCAAAAUGUUAAUGUUAUUUCCAUAUGCUUAAAGUCUAGUUAAAAAAAACACCCCACUCAUAAUUAUAUGCAUACAAAUAUUAAUUUAUAAAUACACACACAUACCCAUAUACUUAUGCAUAAAUGCAGCUUAACAUUGACAACAGAGUUUAUAGAUUUAGCAACUGAAAAUUGUAAGAGGAAAGUUUGCGACGAAUUGAUUUAAGCUAAAAAAAAAAUACAAAUAUACCUAUAUUAUAUACAUAU